CGACAGAGGAGCACCGACAGUUAGCGUCAACUUAACCGGCUUGCACCUGAACAAUUGCAUUAAAAUGUUUUAAGUUUCUUAAUUUGAUUUUUUAACACCAGAAAUUACAUCUCAAACUUGGUGUUGGAUCACAAAUUUACAAGGGAAAAAAAAGAAAACAAAUUCCGUUGAACUGGGAUUUAUUUCAACAACUCUUUUUCCUUACACACUUUUUGACGAUUUGAGUUUGUCAUGGACGUCUGACUUUCGUGUUUUCAACUUUCCAUCGAUUUCGGAAUGACUGGUGUUAUGUUUUGAUUAAAAGUGAUCUAAUGGGUUGUAACACCCAAAAAAAUUUUAUUUUAUUUUUUAUUGGUUUUUAUAAAUAACUGUUGGAUAAAUUACAUUUAUAAUGGCUACUGUUACGUUAAAAAGUCUUUUUAAUGAAAAUAGGUUUCCAAGAGGUUUGUCACUGAUUAUAUUUCUUCUGUACUUUCCGUUUGGAGUUUUACUUGCAUGUGUGCGGUUGCUGGUUCUCGUGCAGGCUUGUCUGCUGGCAUCAGCACUGUCGGAGGUCCCAGUUCUCAAAAGCUACAUCUUGCUGUGUGUGUGUCAAGUUCUCGGGAUUGUGGUUCAGGAAGAAGAUGUCAGCCACAAGAACACACAGGCCAGAAUACUCGUGUCCAAUCACGUCACUCGCUACGACCAACUGCCUCUGCACGUCGCGACGGGAUGCGUGACGCCGCACGCGUGGGAGCUGCCCUCGUGCCUGGACUGGGCGCUCGGCGUGAAGGACCUGAGCCUGAGGCACGGCCGGGAGGCGCUGGUGUCGGCCGUGAGGGGCCACCUCUCCAAGGACCCCCGGCCGGUGCUGUUCCACCCCGAGGGGGCCACCACCUCGGGCCGGCGCGGCCUGCUCAGGUUCUCGACGUGGCCGUUCGGCAUCGUGGGGAGCGUGCAGCCGGUGGCGCUGACCGCCCACAGGCCGGUGUUCGCGUCCCUGGCGCCCUCGGUGGUCGGGGCGAGCCACUUGGCGGACCUGCUGUGGUUCCUGUGCGCGCCUUACACCGUGUUCACCAUCCGGUACCUCCCGCUGAUGCAGAGGGCAGGCGAUGAGACAGAAGCACAGUCCUCGUCGCGUGUGGCGGAAGCUGUAGCGCAGCGGCUGAAGGUGGUCUGCACAAACUACACGUCGGCAGACAAGGCGGAGUUUGAGAAGAGGCUGCAGCUGGACCGGAGCACGACCGCCGGCCGGGCGGCGCCGCGCACGGACCCCGUGCUCCAGGGCAUGGCCGAUCGCGUCGCGGAGGUGCUACCAGACGUUCCCCUGGACGUCAUCCUGCGAGACGUGGGCCGCACCCAGAGCGUGGACGCCACGAUAGCCAACAUCCUGGACGGCGUGGUGCCGUACACUCCCCUCCGGACACCGCGGAGCACGCCCGCCCCGGCCGCCAGCGCUGCCCCCGUCCCCGAGGGCGCGGGUGCCUCGAGCUCGUUCCCCAGGUCCGCCCAGGACCGCAUGCAGUCGUUCCAGUUCCGGAAGGCGCGUCUCAUCGAGACGGCUCGCCGUAAGUACAUCGAGAAGCACAACCUGACCAUGGCGGACGUCGCCGACUUUGCGUGUUGACGCGCCGGACGCCAGACCAGCACGCUCAUUCUGCUUCGGAUCCGAUUCCAUUUCAUUUUAACCUUACACAAAUAUUUGAAAAUAUAUUAAAAAUAAAAAAAAUAUUGUCACUUUAUUGAUGCAGUGCAGCGUUGAAGGCUUUAGGGGUUUUUGUCGCGUGGCUGGGUUAGGUUUGAGACUUGCCGCUUCGAGAUGCAAUACCGCUGUGGAGUCUCUGCAAGCGUGGAGUGGGCUUGGUUGUAUAAAGUGUAAGAUAUUAGCAAGCAGAAAGUAAUGUGCAGUUUCUUGUAUCUUUCCAUGGUAAGGUUUUUUUUUUUUCUCCCUCCCCCCCCCCCCCCCCCAAGGUAAUUGGCAAAAUUUUACACGAUGUAUGGAAGUGUGAUUGAUAGAAGUAAGAUUUUAUGGUUGAUUGGGAGCUAAAAAAAAAAAAAAAAAAAAAAAAACUCAAAUGUGGGUUAAUAAUCCACAGAAUCUUUCAAGGUAAUUGCAUGCACCAUGCCACUGAACUGCAAUGAAAAUAAUUAACCAAAGCAAAAAAAAAAAAAUGUAACGUUAAUCACGAAAAAAUUUAUUCAUCAAUACCUACCUGGAAUUUGAUGCAUGUCAUUGAUUUUUUUUUGGUAAUGUGUCGGUCCUGGUUCUCAAUCCUCGGGCAUUGGUACAAAUAGUGUGUGUGAAUUAUCUUUUACCAGACCUCUGUUUAUUUUAGGGAUGGGGCCCACGCACAUUGUAAUAUUCAUACAAUUCGUAACUGGCUUCAUGUGUUGCACAUGCCAAAGUAGUUUUUAUUAUUAAUUUUUUAGUAUUUUUUUUUCACCUCUUGUGAACAUAUAUAUUUUACCUUUUUCUCAAGCAGUUUUUCACGGGUAUGUGUAAAAUAGUUGGUAGGGUAAUAAAUAUUUCUGGAUAUUGCCAUGCCUCAGGGUGUCAGUACGUACUGUGCUGCUUGCCGUAGCCAUCUAGCGAGACGUGAAGCAACGGUGCUACCUAAGUGACAGGCGACUGGCGUGUGGUCAGAUCACGGUAAACUGGAGCCGUCUGUCGGGACGUACUGUGUCUUUGUGGAGAGGUUAGCCAAGAGCCAGAACUGAACCGAGAACCGAGGGGGAAGUAGAACCGACACAUCACUUCUUUGUACUAAAAAUUACAAUUCAUUACUGCAGAUUGUUAUUCGUUUUGUGAAAAUACGCUUUAGUCAGCAGACAUGCGUAUAUAAUUUAAGAAACUGCAAGUGUCUGAAGAAAUUAAACCAGUGUGAAUAGUUUCUUAUUAUUUUACAAAAUUAAUGAAGGUAAGCUUAAAAUUACCAUAGAAUUUUGUGUCUACUGAUGGAAUUUAAAUUUUCUUGCGUAAGCACUUAACAGGAGUAAGACAUUUGUUAAAAUAUAGCUCCUACUGAGUGUGACAUGCUACAUGGCAGAGUCAUUGCCUUUUUACCAGUAUCGGAUGUCCAAGUCGAGAACUUUCGUGCAAAACAUUUUUAUGACUCUGCAGCUUUGAUUUUAAGCGGGAGGUAUUUUGCGUUAUGUUUGUUUAAUUCUGAAUGUAUAAAUGGCGCCAGCCUAGGUUUUUCACCAAAAUGUGUAGGGUUGUGCGAAUCCUGGUGUUAUUUAAUGAAAAUUAUACAAAACAACACUUUCGUGAAAAUGAAAAACAAACAAAAAUCUUUUAAGUUACAAUAAAUUCACCUAUCAUUACAAAUUAUUGUUUUCAGAUUCAUGUAGUUAUCGAGAAUAAUUAACUUAAAGACAAUGUUCGCUAUUCAGUAAACUAGGUAUUCAAAAUUUUAAGGAGUUAUUAAUAUCAAAUAAAAUAAAAUAGCCCCUGUUUUUUUUUUUUUUUUUUUUUUUCACAAUAUUUAAAAACUACCCAAUUUAUCGAGGCAUUUCACAUUUCACAUUAGCUAAUAUUAACUUAUUCUCCAUGUGUUUUUUGUAUUUAUCUUAUUGUCCACUCUUAUGGUUUUUUACAGUGACAGCUACUGUAAACCAGCAGUGGUGUCUGGCUAUGACAGUUUUUAAGCAUUCUUCCUAAUUGCAAGAAUCAUUCAAAGAACAUUCUCAAAUUUUAAUUUGAUUGACUUUUGUCAAGAAAAUUUCCCACAAAGCAAAUUGUAUUUCUACAUCAAUAUCGCUACACAAUAUUCGUACAACCCUAAAUAUUUGUGAAGUGUCGUCAUUGUAAAACUUCUGAGCUUAAAUUAUAGUGCUACAAAAUAACUGGAAGUAUUUUGGAUACAUAUUUUUACAUCUCUCUGAAUAGGUAUUUGAAUAUGCUAGAGUGCAGUUCGGAGCCAACUGCGUAGUUUGUAAGGCUUCAACAAAAGGUGGUGUUAGGUAUUUGUUUUACUGACACUGUAUUUAACAUUACAUUGUUCAUGGACACUUGUUAUAAAUCCAUUUGUAACCUUUGAAAGUCACUACCACAUUAUUAUCGCCGUCUUGAUUACUACUAUUCACUAGCCUUCAUAUGCUGCCUAUCAUCUGCAGUGGUGCCAACCUACAGCCAUGACAGUAGGUAUACCAUAAUUAGUAAAGUAGUUCCCCAUUGUUAGGUGAGUAUGGUAAAAAUUCAGAUGUGUGUAAUUGCGUUAAAGAAAUGUUAAUGUUAUUGCUAUGAAGUAGCUUAUGUUUUUUUUCAUAGUGUCAAAAUUUUACCUUAAGUGAUAGUUGCUCAAUUAUUUUAACCUUGAAUUUUGUAGCUGUAGUUUUUAUCACAGUAAUUUUAGUACUUAUUGCAUUGCUUAACGGGUAAAUUUUUAGUCAUGUUUUUGUGAGACACUAUCAUAGCUUUGAUGUUAAUAUAGAAAUGUAUUAUAAAUUCUGCAUAUUUUCCAGGAAUAUUUUCAUAUUAAUUUAGAUACUAUGGUAAUUAUUUGUGCUCACACCUGUGAUUAGUUUUAUUUAUUUUUUUAAUUGGAGGGACAUUGUUGUUGACUUAUAUGUUUAGCCAUUUAUAAUUAAAUAUUCUUUGAGGUUUGUGAUUCAAUUAAACAUUCACCAUUGAUUCAAACAACUUGAAGGUAUUGAUUUUUCAUGUGCUUGUCAUGUCAUAGCAUUUUUUUGUACAGAGAUAUUCAUACAAAUGUACAAUCAAAUGUUUUUAUUACACCCUUCUUGUAUGUCAGGUUUAGCAGCAAUCUUCUAUUCUGUUAAACUAUCAACUAUCAAUGCCACAGUCAGCAGCAUGUCUGCUGAAGCCUGCUAGUUCACGAACUAAUGGAGUGAUUCAAGCUCAAGGCCACACUAUCAUUUCUGAAAUGGCCUUAACGUUCUUUGUCUGUGAUUGGUUCAAAUAUGAGGCAAAAAAAAAUGUGAUUCAACUAUUCUCCUACUACCUGCAGUAGAGUAUAAGAUUUUGGCUUCGGUUAAUUUUUUUUUUGUGUAGAUGUCUAGGGUUAUUUAUUAAAAAUGAAGCAGGCUCAAUGUGUGCAUGUACUUAUUUUUUGUUCAUAACAAAAUCAAUUAUGAAUGUUUGAAUUAUUGUGAUAUAUAUUUACGAUACUGAAUAUUUCACGACCUCAGUACGUAUAUCGUAAUAUACUAUGAUAAUGUAAAUUUUCCUUAAAUACUUAUUUGCAGUAUUUACUGUUUGUAAAUUUUUAAUAUAAUUAUUUUAUUGACAGUACGUCAGUCGUAAUGAAAUUAAAUGCAUGCGUUUUAAUAACAGGCUUCUGGUUUUGUUAUAAUAAUUGUUACUGUAUUUUUUUUUAAUAUUAUUCUUACCUGCUUCAGGUUUUAUUCUCUAUUUCAUUUGUGAGCAUACAAGUAAAUAAAUUUGUAAUUUUUUUAUGUAAAUAAUAGUUUUUUAGUGUAAUAAAUAAAUGGGUAACUGAUGAAGAUGAUAUGUUACAGUGGCAGCGUAUGGGAGUGGUUUUGGAAACAAUCACCCCUUAACCACAAUCCUUUACUUCACCCUCUGAGAUAAAAAAAAAAAAGAUAAAUAUAAUCUACUAUAGACUGCUAAUGAUCUUGGAAGUCUAUUAAAUUUUAAGGUGGAUGUGAUAUUGGUAAAAGUUUUGAAUUAAAUUGAUUUUCUUUUGCUGA